AUGUGCAGUAUGUUCUCUCCCGCUCUGCUACAGGCACUGCUUGCAGCCCCUUCUCACGUGGCACCUCUAACGGCCCCGCUAGCCCCACCAUCACGCCUGAUGGCUGCCCCACCACCUCCUGCACCAAUGCACCCAUCGGCUGCACCACUGGCGCCGUCCCCCUUUGCUGACACAUCCCAGUGCAUCCCCUCCAGUGCCGCCUCCGCCUCUGCCCACCAGCGGAGUGCCCCCCGCCCAGCGGCAGGCCCCAGCAUGCCUGCCCAAUUGUCCGCCCACCCAAUUGACCGUGCACCUGUCCUGACCCGCACCAUGGCAAGCCUGUACAUCAGGAAAAAGUACACAACCGGACAUGUACAAGACGGCAGAUCUGUAACCAGCCAGCACACAUCCGAGCAGUGGCCAUCCGGUGGUUCGCGUUGUCAACUGGCACGUGCACGACAUGUAGGGUCGUGCUCACCGUCUAGCUCCUCAAGGCAUCCUUGCGUCGGCACCUGGUCAGCUGGAUGUUGCGCGUCGGGGGCGCGAGGGCAUGCGAAGCGCGGCAGGCCGUCAUGGUACCUUCCCGGUAAGAUCGCGCAGAUGAGAAUCACAGGCGCUGGUUGCUCGGUUCGACAUUUGUCGAUGCCGGUGGUGACUGAGAUGCAAGGGGAGCGAGAUGAGUGGGUUGUGCUACAUGGGCAGGCGUCAGUAGCAGCGCACUGUGCUUGUGUCAGCGAGGCGCGUCCCACCACGGCAAAUGAUGACACUGUUGGCAUGCGGUCGUACGCCGGCUGUGUCCCGAGCCUUGCGUUCAUGCUCGCCAUUGCGUACGGCGCGCGACCCGUGUCGUGUUGUUGUCAAGUGGUGAUGCCACACGACGUUCGAGACAAGCCGCAGCGCACGCACUUUGUCCAGGUGAAGGCGGUCGAUGCAAGGGAGCUUGUUCGCAAUCCUCGUUCACGCCAUGUUGAGGAGGACGAGGAUGCCAAGUAUUCUGCCACUCACAGGUAUAUCAGCCCGGAAUAUCAAAAGGAGGGGUUGGGGAACGGGACGGGGGGACAGGAUAGGGGAUGGUCAUUGAUGGGUGCUUACUCGGACCAAGUGGAUAGUUGA